AUGGCAACAAAUAUAAAUGGAAUAUUGUCAUGUUGCCAAGAUUUUGGAAUUUAUUGCAUUACGUAUUUACAGAUCAAAUAUCAAAAGCUUAUGUAUUUCUGAAGUUACAGCAUUGGCAGUCUUAGCAGUUGGCAUAUGUUAAUUGAUUAGAAGAAAGAAAAUAUAUAGAUAGGCUAAAAAAAGAAAAAACAUUAUCUACAUUUUAAUUAUCUUGUGCUUAACUUGUAUAAUACAACUUAAAACUUAGGCAAUAUUUUAUUUAAUUUGGCAUAAAAAACAUUGUUGGUUUUUUACUUUUUUUAAUUAUAUCUUUAUUAUGCAUUUUUAAUCUAUAUUGUAUUUUAUUUUGCUAGAAAAACUUUGAGUAUUAGAACUUUUAAACCUCAUCAAAUUUUACAAUUGAAAAUUUAUUGUAUUUGCUUGAUUUUACUAUUUACUAUAUUUUUGAUAUGGAAUUUGUAUGAUUAUAUUACAAGUUUAUCUCAAUCCUAUUCGCUUUGUCAAAGUAUAUGUAAUCAAAUAAAUUUUGAGAAUAGAUAUUUCAUAUUAUAAGAAUGAUUGGAUUUAUAGUAAAUUUAGUUUUGAUUGCUGUUGCCCACUCUUUGAACUUAAGUAUUAAAAAGAACCUAGAAUUAAAGUCUACUAUAUUGAAAAAUUUUGUUAAUUUUGAAGAAAAUUGUAAAAAAAUUAAUCGUUAAAGAAUAAACUUUUGGUAUGAUCAUUUGCUAUAAGGGUUCUUGUUUAUGUUACAUUUUUUGGUUAAUUGUUAUACUUCAUAGAGGAUAUUUACUUCCUAGUUCAAGGGCCUACUGAGACUUGCAUUCUAUAUUUAGAUGUAUAAUAUUAAAUUAAUUAUUUCUUUAGAUUAUUUAAAGUGAAGCUCGAAUAUUUUAAUACUGUUUGUUAUUAUUAGUUGUAUUAAUUCAAGUUUAACUCCCUUUUUCAGUAACAAUUUAUGCAUUUUGGUUCUAAAAACCUAUAAUAAAACAAGAAUCUGAUGUAUUCUAUAAAAUAAUUUAGUCAAUUGAAUUUGAAGAAGAUUACUUUAGAACCAUAAAAUUAUAAUAAAAGAAUGAUUCCAAUUCAUCUGAAUAAAUAACAACAUUAAAAGAAUGA